AUGUCGUGGUUAAGAAAUGCGGUGAACUUGGCCGUCGAAGCAGGCCCUGCAAGGACCCUCACUCGCACCGUCCGUAACUACGCCGACACCGUCGUCCUCCACGCUGGCAAUGCAGUCGCCGGCGGCGCCAGGCUUAUCCUCCCCGAUCGCAUCGGUCCAAGGAAUUUACAGAGCUUUAAGCAGACAGUGAAAAGAUUGGAGGAAGUGUCGGUUUCGUGUCGAGGGAUUGAGAGAGUGCAGCUAUUGAGAAGGUGGUUGGUUGCGCUUAAAGAAAUAGAGAGGUUGACCGCCAUUUGCAAUGAGGACAAGAAUUCUGAUGAUCACCUUAUUUCCGAUGAAAACUCCGAUUCCCCGAAAAAACCUACCCUGGUUUAUUAUGUUGAUGGUGAUAUGGGAGAUGAACCAAAAACUUUUCGAGAUGUUUUUCUCCAUAGCCAAGCUCUUGAAGGGAUUACAUUGUCCAUGAUUCUUGAAGAACCAAUUGAGGAAGAAGUUUCGCUACUUUUGGAGAUAUAUGGGCUCUGUCUUACAGGAGGAAGAGAAGUACAUGGUGUAGUGAUGAGUAGCGUACAAAAUUUGGCAAAAGCACUUUCAUCCUACCAAGAUGAAGUACUGAUAAAGCGAGAAGAAUUGCUCCAAUUGGCUCAAAAUGCAAUUUCAGGGCUUAAAAUAAAUGCUGAUCUCACAAGAAUAGAUGCUGAAGCCUGCAGCAUAAGGGAAGAACUUGAUAAGCUGAUGGCACUGCAGCAGCCUUUAAGUGAAAGAAGCAACAAUUCAUCUGAGGCAGAGAAAGGUGCAACAGUAGAGAAUUUAAAAGCAGCUCUCGUAGAAAUUCAACUAUGUUCACGGUUGGAGUCUCUGCUACUAAAGCAGAAAUCUUUGAGCAAUGGGGACUCACCUGAGCUGCACACUGAAAAGGUGGAAAAAUUGAAGGUAUUAUCAGAAUCUCUUGCUAAUUCCACCUCACAGGCAGAAAAGCGCAUUUUGGACCACAGAUAUCAGAAAGAAGAAGCUCUUAAUUUUCGUGUAGCUAAAGCUAAUGAAGUAACCCAACUUGAAAAGGAUUUAGUGGCAGAGAUUGCACAAAUGGAAAAGCAAAGAGAAGAACUCCAAGAAGCACUAAAGAAGGUCAUUAUCUCAUUGAAUGCUCUUCGUGGACGCCUGCACAAUGCGAGAGAAGAAAGAGAACAAUUUGAUGAAGCAAGUAAUCAGCUUAUCGUACACUUAAAAUCAAAGGAAGAUGAACUUUCACGAUCCAUUGAUUCAUGUAGAGCAGAAGUUGAUGUUGUCAAUACUUGGAUUUGUUUUCUGGAAGAUACCUGGGUUCUUCAGGCAACGCACACAGAGAAAAAGGAGAAGCAGGUCAAUGCGGAACUGGAGAAAUAUGGAGCCUAUUUUGUGAAUUUGGUAAUCCAUCUUCUCUCUACUUAUAAGGAAAGCUUGCAUUCAUCCAUCACCUGCAUUAGGAAUCUUGUGGAGAGAUUGAGUUUAAGUGAAGGUUCAAAUAUAACAAUUGGUAAAGAUGAUGAAAGUUCAAACAAAAAUAAUCCAAGGAGACAUAUUGAAGAGGAAUAUCUGGAUGUGGAAGCCAAGUUAUUGACCACCUUGAGUGUAGUCGACACCAUGAAAAGGCAAUUUUAUGUUCAACAUGAAGGCAUUUACAGGAAAGAUGGACAGAAAGUCAAAGAGCUCUUUGAUGACCUCAAGAGCAUAAAAGAUGAAUUUGAAUCCAUUGAAAGACCUGUAUUGGUAAUUGAAGCUUCACCGCAAAAACCAGACACACCACCUACUGAUGGGCCGUUUAUAGGUACAACUCCCACGUCUACCUCACCAUUGGGAAUCAGGGCUCCAUUUUUCAGACGAGACGGAUCAUUGAAGUUGUUUAAGAAGGAGAGGAAACUAGAUCAAAAAGAAGAAUCAGUGAAACUAGAUCCACCUUCGGCAACCAAGUCUUCACACUCUAAACAGGAUGAAGUAUCCGAGUCUUCCUCAGAUAAGCAGGAGGGAAAAUCAGACUCAAAGGUAGAAUUGGCUAGAUUAUAUCGAGGACUUGAUUCCGAUAGCAGAGAAAACUCAAUAGAUCAUGAAGAGAUUACUGACUGGGUGUUUGAUGAACUUGAAAAAUCAGUAAACACCCCUCCUGCCAAAGAAACUACCAGUGCUUCUGCCAAUGAAAACACCACUGCUCCUUCCUUAGAUAUCACCACUGAUCCUGCUAAGGAAAUCACCAUAGUUCCUCCUUCCACAGAAAACACCAUUGCUUUGCGCCAAGAAAAUAACACUGCCCCCUCUGUAAACACCAUUUCCCCUGGUAAGGAAACAACCACUGCUACUCCUUCCAAAGAAAAUACCACUGCUCCUGCUAAGGAAAUCAGCAGUGCUUCAAAAGAACAAACCACUGCUCUGGCCCAAGAAAACAUCACUGCUGCUGUUAAGGAGAUCACCACUGGUUCUCCUAAAGAAAUCACCACUGCUCCUGCUAAGGAAGUAAGAACAGCUCCUUCCCAAGAAACCGCUACUGUUCAUGCCACCGAAAACACCACUACUUCAAAAGAAAACAACAAUGCUCCUCAAGAAAUCGCCACUACUCAUUCCAACGAAAACACCACUGCGGCUCCUACGAAGGAAAGCACCACUACUCCUGCCAAGGAAAACACCACUGUUGAUCAGCAAGAAAAAUAG